AUGAUUAAGUCUUACUGUGCUGUUUUCCUUCUUUUCCUAUCCUCUUUAGUUACUCUAUCAUGGUGUAUUCCUCAGCCUGUUUAUCUUCACUUUUCAAAGUUGCCAAACCAUGAUAACGAUAGAUCAAACAGUCCCAGUUUGUCUGCUAAUCUCCACGAUCAUAAUGCUUAUAGUCUUAAUGAUCUUCAUAAUCUUGAUAUUUCCGACUAUGUGCAGGUUAUCAACCGCCCUACUGACACAACUGCUGAUAAAUACCAAUACAAGAAAUUACUUUCUGAUGACAAUAAAAACAAUUUGAUUUCCAAACACUCCUCUGAAUCGUCUGAACCAGUUGAAUCUGCUGAACCUGCUAAAAGAGCCAAACCAGCGGAAUCCAAUAAAUAUCCAACCACAAUUCUAUCACCCCCACAUUUGUCCUCGCCUUUGUCUUCACCUUUAUCUUUAUCACAGUUUCAUUCACUUUAUUCCACCAAAAUGCAACCAUCUUCUUCGGCUCCAUUAUUGACUCCCAACAUAAUCCUAUUAAUAUCUUUUUUUGCCUCUUUACUUUUUUUUGUUUUAAUCAUUUUGGUUCUAUCUUUAAUCAAAUAUUUUUUUUUAAACAAAAAUUUCUCUUCAAUCAAAUUAACUAAUGUCAGUCCUGGGUCGUUUGAUGAUGAGCAAUACGAAAUUGAACAUUUUAAUGAUUUAUCUCCAAAUGACCAAAUUUUAUUUAAACAAGCUAAAUUAUUUUUCAAAUUAAAUCCUCCAAAUUUUAAGCCUAACAAUUCUUUAUCUUUAUCUCAAUGCAUAUUAAUUCAAGAAAAGGGUAUAAUGGCUUAUGAUUUUUUACCAAAUUCAAAUUUACCUAAAAAUAUUGUUAAUAUAAAUGAGAAAUUUGAAAUUAAUUUUAAAAACAACUCCAUUAAUAAAUUCUUGAAUGCAAAUUAUGGGCCAAUAUCAAUAUCAACAAACUUACCAAUCCCAACUUCAAAUGAUGUUUAUUAUUUUGAAUCAAAAAUCUUUGAUGUAGACUACGAUUCAAUCUCUCAAAACCAACUGGAAAAUCAAUCGCAAAGCCCCUUCUUUUCCAUUGGUUUAUCGACUAUGCCUUAUCCAUUUUUCAGAUUACCUGGAAGACAUCCCUGGUCUAUUGCCUAUGAUUCUAAUGGGUCGAGAAGAUUUAAUAACUCUUUUCCGAUUCCACCACCACAAUCGGUUUCUUCUUCUUCCUCCUCCUCUUAUUUGCCUCCUCCUCCUCCUCCCCCUCUUCCUACCCCUGUUUCUGCUCUGGCUCCUCUUUAUUUUCCCUUCUCUUCUAAUCGCACUUUUCCACCAUCUUCCUCUACAUCUUCAUCGAAACCUAAACAUUCCUCAAAAAAAGUUAAUGAAUCAAAUAUUUUUCCGAAAAUUCUAAAAGGUGAUGUUAUUGGAAUAGGUUAUAAAACUAAAUCGGGUGCUAUUUUCUUUACAAGAAAUGGCAAGAAAUUAAGUGAAUCAAAAAUCGGUGGCCAUGUAAAAAACAUUAAAAAAUUCUUAUUAUAUCCAAUAAUUGGUUCGUCUAUCAAUUGUUCAAUUCAUUUAAAUUUUGGUCAAUGUGGUUUUGUUUAUAUUGAAGCUAAUGUGAAAAAAUGGGGGUUUACAAAGGAUAUCUAUGGCAAUCAACCUCCACCUCCUCUUUAUUCAACUUCUUCAAACGAUUUAUUAUUACAGUCAAGCAAUUUUUCUAACAGCAUUAACAUAAUUUCAAGAAAUUCUUCUUUUUCGUCUUUGAAUGAUACCUCAAAUGAAAAUUUGAUUGAAAUUUCAAAUGACGAUCUGAAUAAUAAUUCAUUUAACAAUUACAACAAUUCAUCAAAUAACUCAUCCCUCAAUAGUCUAUCUAGAAUAUCGUCAAAUAUUACAAAUAUUUUCAACAAUUCAACUAAUGGUUCAAAAAAUGGCAAUGACUCAAACAAAAUUCAAAAAACUUUAAAUGAAAAUAUCAUUGAAAUACCCAACUUUCCUCCUCCCUUUUGGGCAAGUUCAUCGACCAUUCUUGACAACAUUACGUUGAAUACCAUCAGUCAAAAUGAGUUGCCUCCAAUCUACACUUCGGAUAAUGAGCUGAAUCAACACAACACCAGUAGUAGUAUAGAUAAAGAUAAUAUAGCAGCUGAGACUGCUGGCAAAACCAUAAAAUUUUCCAAACCAGAUAUGGAUACAGACGAAGCGCACGAACAAGCAGAGACUGAAUAUAAUCAGCAAAAUAACAAAGACUCGAUAAAGCAAACAAAUACAAGUUUUUUUAAUCAAGGGAAUAGUGCUUGA